AGGACGUUACUUUAAGUAGCUGAUUCGGUCGGUGGGAAACUCGUCAUUGUCGUCUGCGGUGCUGAUGACAACGUAAUUUAUGAAGAGGAAAAAAGCACUAUUAGUCUCAUCCUUCGGUUCCGUUGUUUGUUAUUCCUAGCGGUGUGAUUCGUAAUGGGAAGGAAAACAGUGCGUGGAAAACGAAACAUCUCCGAGCUGCUUGGGUGCAAAGAUUUACCGGCAAUGACGAAACCGAAAGUGGAAGAUUUCACUCUUUGCGAGUGCAACUUUGUCAUCAAGCCACUAUCUAGGAGUCGAAAGAAAGAUGUGAACCUCCCGCGGGUGACCGCCCAGUUGGAAAAGCUGAUGGGGACCAAUGUGGUACGCCUCACGGACCGGAAGUACAUGCAGGAGCUGCAGCGUCGCAUCCAGCAGGAUUACAAUGUCACCCUGGAGAAACGAAUCAGCGAACGUGAGUACGAUGAGCUCGAACGUCAAAAAUACCUGAUCCUGAAUGGCCAAUACAGUUGGCACAAUUGUCCUCACCGUCUGAUUCCGCUGCACAGUGUCGUUUUGGCCAAGGAGCUCGAGAGGGAACGUAACCUCAUCCUUUCCGGAGCCGGAGACUCCAUCCCGGAUGAUAUGAGCAGUUCGGUUUUCACGGUCAACAAAAAAACAAACCAACACAUCUGCAACAAACGCGAAAAGCUCAAAACCAUCCGCGAGAAGAACGCCGAACGGUUGAUUAAACAGGGGCUCCGAUGGGAACGGGAGCGUCUCCAGAUGGAGGACCACAACCGUCAGAAAGAAAUCGAACGCAAAUCCCGGCGAGAAGCGCUGCUCGAAAAGGAAAAGCUCUACAUGAUUGAGGAUAACGAGCGAGCUUUGAAUCUGCUGCGAAUGAAAACAAAAAAGGGUCCCUGUCGAGAUAUGGAUUUGCGAACGCUGUUGAUGCAACAGCGGGAAGAAUUGGGACAGAAAAUCCAGCAGCGUGAUUUCGAUUUGAACGAUGACAAACGAAUGGAUGCCGACAGGAGCAAGGAGAAAAAACAACGCCGAAAGAAGCAUGCAGCUAAGAAGGGAGCGGAUACGCAGCUUUCCUCCCCGGAGGAGGGUUAUAGCUCGAUGAACCAGCCGGCCAGUGAUAUGGAAACUUCGAUUAUGAUCAAAAUUGAUAAGGACAGUAAGGACUCCGGUGAUGACACGGAUGCACUGGAUGACGUUAGCACGGCUGAGGUCUCGGAGGUAGCCGGUGGAUCGGAGGCCGAAGACGCCGAAGCAAGUGAGGCGGCGGACGCGUUGGAUCCGGCGGAAGUAGCAGAAGCGGAAGCCAUGAAGGAAGAGUUGAACAAGGCUCUGGAGAAGAAAAAGGUAAAGGCACGUAAUGAGGAUCCAAAAAUUACCAGAUUGAAGGAGGCUGACACCGUUAACGAAAUUUACAGCAUUGCUGAUGAGAUAAUUGUUUUGGAGAAGAAGAAAACUAAGAAAGGCUUCGGAAUGAAGUAAGUGCUGGUUUAGUUUGUGGCCUAGCAGAAUUUUAGUCCUGUUAUGUGCUCGGUGGGCGCAUGUAAAAUUGAUUGUGAUAACAAAUGACCCAACUUAGAAUAGUUCAAUUUAUGGGAAAUAAAACAAUGUUGAACAGUUUUAAAAA